AUGAGGGCACAAGUUGGCAUUUUGGUUCUAUGCCAACAACGAAGCCUUCCACAAUCCAGUAGGGCACUAAUGACUGUUCAAUGCCAGGAAACCCUCUUAAUUCAGCUCCUGAAUACCAUUCCACGCAAUGCCAUAACAGCACAAAUUAUCGUUCCUCUUGUCUGCAAACUGAUGGGUCUCCGGUUAUCCUCAUCUCAACAAUACCUCACUGAAGUUGCCAAUCCUGAGGAUUGGUGGUGGUCCGCUCUGGGUCCCCUUGUUCAUCCCGAUGUCUUUCCUGUCCAUGUGGUCGCCGAACUACUUUUUGGGCACUUACUACAAGGAGAAUCCUCAAAUCCAUGUAUAGGAGAUCUGGCCUACUACGUUGUCGUUCGAGCUAUGAGAAUAGAUGCUUUGAAAUUACCGCAUAUAGCGAUUAUUACGACCGAAGGACAAGAUCUCUUUCAAAUGAGUGCUUUUUUACAUCCUAUCUCAACUGUUUUGGUAGUUCACGCUCCAGCAAAGACAUGGCUGCGUUUGAACAAAGAACAUCCAAAUGAAAUAACACUGCCGGCCUUCUACUACAAUUCAGUUAAGAGACCGAUACAGGCCCCCUCUCUUUACCUGGACUCACAUGACUAG